AUGGGCGGGAGCGCGUCGACGAGCAAGUCGCUGGCCGUGGCGCCGCUGGUCGAGGCGGUCAAGUCCGGCGGCGACGAGGACAAGCAAAAGGCCGCGCGCAUCGUCGCCGACUUCGCCGAAUCGGAUCAGAACGUGGAGCAGAUCGUCGACGCCGGCGGCGUCGCGCCCCUGCUCCAGCUCCUGGACCUGUCGAAGUCGUCGCUGUGCGCGCAAUCGCACGCCGCGGUGGCCCUGCGCAAGGUCGCGUCCGUGGAGAGGAGCCGCGCGCGCCUCGACGACAAGGCGUUCGUCGCCGCGCACGCCAAGGCGCUCGCGACGCCGCCGGACGCCAAGGUCGCGCCGUCGGCGGAGACGCGCGGCGAACUCGCGCGGGGCCUCGGCCAGCUCGCGCUGAAGAAGUCCAUCGUCGCGGCGCUGCCCGCGGUGAUCGGCGUCCUCGCGCUCCCCGACGGCGAGCAGGGCGUCGCGCUCGCGAAGCAGCACGCCGUCGCGGCGAUUUUCUCGUCGAUCAUGCUCAACGCGUCGGCCAGGGCGAAGCAGGCCACGCUCGAGGCCGGCGGCCUCCCGGGCCUCGUCGCCGUCGCCAAGUCCGGCUCGGACGCGGCGCGCCGGGACGCGCGGACGUGCCUCGCGCAGCUCGCGGAUGCCCCGGCGCACCGCGAGGCCAUCGUCGCCGAGGUGGAGCGGGCGAAGCUCGACCCGGGCUUCCUCGCCGGCGACAACGGCCUCGCGGCGCGCCAGGGUCUCCGCCAGCUGCGCGACGGGUCCGCCCGGCCGCCGAGCCCCUCGAAGACGAGCGCCGAGCGCACGCCGACGGUCCACGCGAGGGCCGCGCAGUCGGCGCAGGCGCCGGAGGGCGCGGCCGUCGAGGGCGCCGGCGUCGGGGCGGCGGAGGGCCGCGCCGUCGGCACGGACGUGGGCGCGGCCGUGGGCGCGCCCGAGGGCGCCCGGGUGGGGGCGCCCGUGGGCCGCGACGUCGGCGCGGACGUGGGCGCGGCCGUGGGCGCGCCCGAGGGCGCCGGGGUCGCCGUCGGCGGCCGCGACGGCGCGUCGCUGGGCGCGGCCGUCGGCGCGGACGUCGGCGCGGACGUCGGCGCGAGGCUCAGAGUGGGGCUCCGCGUGGGCACGGCCGUCGGGCGGGCCGUCGGGACGGCCGUCGGCACGGCCGUCGGCCCGCUCGACGUCGUCGGGCAGCCCGAGGGCGGCGCCGUGGGCACGGACGUCGGCACGGCGGUGGGCGGCGCCGAGGGCGGGGACGUCGGCAUGGACGACGGCGGCGACGUCGGCACGCCCGCGAUGGCUUCGAUGGGCUUCACCUCCUGCGAAAUCGUCACGUCGCCGGGCCCCGAGGGCCGGCACGUCGUCUGCACGGCGCCCGUCGCCCGCGGCGCGACGCUCCUCGUCGAGGACAAGGUCGUCUUCGCCGUCGAGGCCCGCGUCCAGCGGCUGCGCUGCGCCCUCUGCGGCUGCGUCGCGUGCGCGCCCGGCGACGCGCCGACGGUGGUCUGCGAGGCCUGCGCCGCCCGCGCGGCCAAGUCGGCGCCCCUGGGCCGCUGGCUCGACGCCGUGACGAAGCUCGGCACCGCGAGCGCGUCCGUGGGCGUGUCGGCCGUCGCCGCCGCAUCGAGGCGCGUCGACGUCGACCGAUUAAUGGACCACGAGGCCGACUUCGCGCCGGAGACGCUGGCCAUGUUCGACACGGUGUCGCUGCACCUCGCGCCCGUCACGGGCCGGGACGCGGCCGCGUGCCGGCGGGCCAUCUGCGUCGCCGCGGCGCACGGCGUCGUCGUGCACGACACGUGCUUCCGCGGCGAUGCUCGCCUCGACGGCGAGGGCGGCCUCGGCGGCGAGCUCGUGGGCACCGUGCUGGGCGAGCACGCGGCGGCGUUCAACCACGCCGACGACGCGUCGGCGUACCUGAGCGUCCGGCUCGCGCCGGGCCGGUCGCCCGAGGUCGUCGUCCGGGCGUCGCGGACCCUGGCGCCGGGCGACGCGGUGACGCUCAACUACGGCCCCGUCGCCUGCGAGCCGAGCGCGAAGCGGCGCGCGCGGCUCGAGGAGGCCUACUUCUUCGCCGCGGCGCCGCGCGACGACGACGCGCGGCUCGACGCGUUGAUCCGCGCGCCGCCGGCGGCCGCGGAGGGCGAGAAGCGGCCCCGGACCCUGCCCGAGGAGGCGCUGGCGUGCCUCGACGGCGCCUACGCGGACCUCAAGCUCGGGCGGCUCCAGGCCGCCGCGGAGACGGCCGACGACGCGCGCGAGUUGUUCUCCCGGCUGCCCCCGACGCACGGCUUCCGCGUCCACGGCGCGCUCCUCGACGUCGUCGUCGCCUGCCGCCGGGGCCCGGCCUACGCGGACAUCGCCGCGACCUUCGCGCGGGAUUUGUUGGCCGUCCUCGACGCGCACGACGGCCUCGCGGCUCUGGCCGCGGAUCCGCUCGUGCUCGCGCGCGUCGCGCGAAUCGCGGGCGACGCCGCGCGCGCGGACGAGGCCUUCGCGGCGCUCCUCGCCGACGCGCCGCGCCUCGCCGACGCGCCGACGCGCAAGCGGGCCCGCGACGACGACGGCGCCUGAGGCGCCCGUCGGGCGCGUUUCGCGCCCUUAGUCCUGGGGCGCGUAGGGGUCGUCCGCGGCGACCUCGCCGGGCUUCGCGCGGCGCUGGUCCCAGCCCGGCGGCGAGUGGUGGAGGAGCGCGGCCUCGAUGCGGCCGAGGUUCUCGAAGUGGUUCGCGAGGUCGAUGGGCAGGUGGCCCUCGGGCGUCUCCUGGACCGCGUCGACGCCAAAGUCCAAGAGCGCGUCGACGACGGCGCCGCCCGCGCCGUUCUCGAGCAUGCACGCGAGGUGGAGCGGCGCGCGGCCCGCGUCGUCGGUCAGCUCGCCGUCGGCGCCGUGCUCGAGGAGCAGGCUGACG